CUCUGACAAAUCGUACGCGGGAAAUUAUUAGUCGACUGAUUCCGCUGGACAACAGAAGGGAAGUCGGUUUUGGAUUUUUUUUUUUAAACUAUACAUAAAAACUAAAAAUGAAGGUAGUAACUUGUGAGAUCGCAUGGCACAACAAGGAGCCAGUCUACAGUCUGGACUUUCAGCACAGCUGUGAUGGACGCAUUCAUCGGCUGGCCACAGCUGGAGUGGACACCACAGUCAGACUGUGGCGAGUGGACACGGGUCCAGACGGGAAGGCCGUGGUGGACUUUCUGUCCAAUCUAGCGAGACACACUAAGGCCGUUAACGUGGUUCGCUUCAGCCCCAACGGAGAGCUGCUGGCUUCAGGAGGAGAUGAUGCAGCAAUUCUCCUGUGGAAGCUCAAUGACUCUAAGGAGCCUGAACAAGCUCCGGUUUUCCAGGAGGACGAAGAUGCUCAGCUCAACAAGGAGAGCUGGUCUGUGGUCAAAACACUAAGGGGCCACAUAGAGGAUGUGUAUGACAUCUGCUGGACGCGGGAAGGAAAUUUCAUGGUGUCUGGAUCUGUUGACAACACCGCCAUUAUGUGGGACGUCAACAAAGGACAGAAACUGUGCAUCUUAAAUGACCACAAGAGCUACGUGCAGGGUGUCACCUGGGAUCCUCUGGGGCAAUAUGUUGCCACCCUCAGCUGUGACAGGGUGAUGCGUGUUUACAGCACUCACACCAAGAAAAAGGCCUUUUGUAUCAGUAAAAUGAGCUCUGGGCCGCUCGCAGAAGGAGAGGUCAAGCAGUACAGAAUGUUCCACGAUGACAGUAUGAGGUCGUUCUUUCGCCGCCUUUCAUUUACUCCAGAUGGGUCGUUCCUGCUCGCUCCAGCUGGAUGUGUGGAGAUUGGUGAAAACAUCAUGAAUACUACCUACAUAUUUUCCAGGAAGGGCCUGAAAAGGCCCAUCGCCCACUUGCCAUGCCCAACUAAAGCAACGCUGGCCGUGCGCUGCUGCCCCGUCUACUUUGAACUGAGGACCAAAAAGGGAGAAGAUGGUUCUGUCCAGGAUCUACCAAAUGUUUUCCAGUUGCCGUACCGUAUGGUGUUUGCAGUAGCCUCUGAGGACUCCAUCUUCCUGUAUGACACGCAGCAGACUCUUCCGUUCGGCCUGGUGUCCAACAUCCACUACCACACGCUCAGUGAUCUCACAUGGUCCGGUGACGGCUCCUUCCUGGCGGUGUCCUCCACGGACGGCUACUGCUCCUUCCUGUCCUUCUCCCCCGGGGAGCUGGGCACCCCUCUGAAGGAGCCUCCCACCUUGGAGGUCUUCGUCCCGAGCAGCGGCGCCGAGAAAAAGGGCAAGAAAGCCAAGAACAGCUCCCCACCUGUGUCCCAGCCGCCAGCCCCCGCGGCCCAAACCAAUCCGGGCAAAGACGCCCCCUCUCCCACCGCGCCGGAGGAGAAGAAGAGCACGCCCAACGUCAAAUCCAAGCCUCAGCCCCGUAGGAUCACCCUCAACACGCUGGAGGGCUGGGGGAAGCCCGCCACCCCUAAAGCCUCCGCCGCCUCUGCUCCUCUCACCCCAGCGUCUGGGAGCACGAGCGCACCGUCCACUCCACAGCCACGGAUCGCCCCACUCACCCCCACCACAAUGAAGGGCCACAAUGGCGCUAAUAGUCCUGGACUCACUACCCCCAAGGGUGUGACGACACCAAAGGGACCUACACCAAGGAGAGUGUCUUUAACUCCCAUCGCGUCCCGGUCGCCAGCACUUUUCAGCACUCCCUCCUCCACAGAGAAGGCCAAACAUGAGCGCCCGUCUCCUCCCACUGACCCGGUUUGCCAGCCUCCGGAGUCCAAAAGACCCAAGACCAGCAACCUCACGGGAAAGACCAGCAUCGCCCAGGAUUAGUGUUCACUGGCAGCUGUGUGGUGCUGCGAUGUCACAUUAGAGUACAUGCAACAAAAGAGAAGCAGUCAAAGGAGCUCCAGUAUGAAUCUACCGAGGCUCCUCCACGGAUCUCAACUCCAUAGUGCAAUAAUUUGACUUGGUUUUAAAACAAACUGCACCGCAGUCAUGAUUAUUGAAUUAAUACUUCUUUUUUUUUUUUUUUUUAGUCUGGUGUGUGUUUUGUAUCAUAGAAUAAACAGGUAAUGUGAUAAUUGUAUUAUAUUUCAUCAGUGGCACAUUUAAAAAUGCUGUUGUUAAAAAAAAGAAAAUCUCUGUGUCAACCUCAAUAAGACUUAAACGUGUCAGCUUUGUAACCUGUAUCUUAAAUGCUGAAGAUUGUUGCAGUAGCUUGGGUGGAAAAACUGUAAAUUGUAAAAUGACAAUAUUCAUUUUCUUAUUGUUGAAUAAAGGACGUUUCAGAUAGA